CAUUUGUUUCAAACAAAAAUCAUUUGUCAUAAAUCUAACUAUAGAUAUAUCUCUUUAUGUUUUGAAUACAACCUCUUAAAUGAUUUGAGAGAGUAAUAGACAACCAAUAGUCACAUCAAUCGACUCCACUGUCUAUUCAAUAAAAUCUCAAGCAUCGGAGUGACGGCUAAAAUGAACGGAUCUGUUGUCAACAACUCGACAGUGAAGUCGACACAAAUGAACGGUAAAUCGCUUUCAAACGAGUCAUUGAUUGCUAAUAUCCGACGAGAAUAUCACGACUAUAAGGGCGGUAAUCUUGAGCUCACCAAAGAUGAUACCACAGGAAUCGCCACACUUUGCAUCAAUUGUUUUGAACGAAGAAAUGCUUUGUCUGGAGUUAUGAUGUCUCAAAUGGCUGACAUUAUCACUGAAUUAGAAGAAUGGACACAAGGAAAAGCAUUGAUUAUAUACGGAAGCAAUGGUUUCUUCUCUUCGGGCGGUGAUCUCAAUACAGUCCGACAUAUAGACAAUUCAGAAGGUGGUCGUCGAAUGGCUAUUCUUAUGCAUAACAACUUCACUCGACUUCAAGCCUUACCGUUACUAUCUGUGGCUUUAGUGGAGGGCAAAGCAUUGGGCGGCGGAGCAGAGCUGACCACAGCCUGUGAUUUUAGGAUUAUGACUCCCGAUGCGGCCAUUGGUUUUGUUCACAUUAAGUUAGGAGUGACCACUGGAUGGGGAGGUGGUUCACGAUUAGUUCAAAUACUGGGUUCAUGUAAGGCAUUGGACGUAAUGAUGUCCGGAAGACUAAUCAAAGCCGACGAAGCCUUAAAUAUUGGAUACGUUCAGCACAUAAUCCGUGACUUUGACCCAAAUGAUUGUAAUAGUGUUUUAAAUAAAUGUAAGGAAUGGUUAUAUCAGUACACCCAACAUAAUGACCAAACAUUACGGGCCAUCAAAAGUAUAGUAAACGCCGCCCGUUGGCUACCAGUAGAGGAGGCGCUCAAGAAAGAAGUUGAUUAUUUUGCAUCAGUUUGGGGCGGACCCGCUCAUCAACAGGCUUUAGCUAAAAAUAUUAAACAUAAAUAAUUGUUGCUAUUAUUAAUCUAUUGUAUUAUAUUAUGUAUUUAAUCAUCUAUUGUUAAUUU